CCAAAAAUGGGGUCUGAAUUUAAUCCCGACAUGAUUAAGGUCCUCAAGAAAAAGGUAUUCAGUGCAGCGCGGGAGGGCAUGGCGAUCAGUAUAUUUGCGAUGUUGUGGAACCUUGAUCGUUGUGUGAUCAAAGAAGUGCUUGAUUACCAGACGGAGGAGGACGGGCAGACGACAACUCCCCUCAUUAUUGCAGCACGCAAUGGCGAAGAGAAAGUUAUCCAGGUUCUGCUCAGUAACUUCAGUGUGGACAUCGAGCAGACGGGAACGGUCAAAUUUGAUGGAUACGUCAUUGAGGGUGCCACCGCCCUCUGGUGUGCGUCUGGAGCAGGCCACUUCAAUGUGGUUAAGUGUCUAAUAGAGCAUGGAGCAGACGUCAACCACCCAACGCUGACAAACUCGACACCACUCCGUGCUGCUUGUUUUGACGGUCGACUUGACAUUGUGCGUUACCUCGUAGAACACAAGUCCGAUUUGACAAUUGCAAACAAGUAUAACAACACCUGUCUCAUGAUUAGCUGUUACAAAGGGCACCGUGAUGUGGUCGCCUAUUUGCUGGAGAAAGGGGCCAGUCCGGACUGCAGAGCCCACUGUGGCGCAACGGCACUUCACUUCUCCGCAGAAUGUGGUCAUUUAAGCAUAGUGCGACUGCUUGUUAAGUUUGGAGCAUCAAUGCCAAAGAAUGAUCACUUCAUGACUCCUCUGAUAGUCGCAGCUGAGUGCGGAAAAGCAGAUGUCGUUGAAUAUAUAUGUUCGCUUAAUGAGUGUUCGAAGGUAGACAAAAUAAAUGCACUGGAGCUGCUUGGGGCUACGUUUGCAAAUGACAAAGAAAAUUAUGACAUUAACAGAGCUUAUUACUAUUUGAAAAAGGGCAUGGAGGAGAGAUUUAAGAACAGCAAACAUGUUGUGCACAAACAGUAUUACCCACCAGUUCCUGCUUACGGAAACAGAAGAGAAUCUCAGUCUCUUGCUGAGCUUGAACUCUUGGAGAAGGACAACAAUGCUCUCCACAUGGAGUCCUUGGCAAUCCGGGAGCGAAUUCUUGGUCCGGAUACUCCAGAAGUUCCACAUCCUGUAAUAUUCCGAGGCGCCGUGUUUGCCGACAGUGCACGGUUUGAAAGGUGCAUUAGUCUGUGGAUGCAUGCCAUGAAACUGCGUCAGAGAAAUAACCGAACUAUAUCUAAAGAUCUUUUAAGAUUCUCCCAGGUCUUCUCGCAGAUGGUUCACCUUGGGGUUAAGUUGCAGUUUUUACACGUAGAAAAUGUAUUUGAACAUGCCGUUGUUGAACUUGAAAGAGAUCGGGAAAGAAUUGCACUUGAUGAGGAGGAUAAGGAUGCUUUAAAUGAAACAUACCAGGCAAAUAUCCAUACUUGUCUCUACUUGCUUGUGAUUGCGUUAAGAAUUGAAAAGAACAAAGAGGAGGUACUCCAGCUGAACAAACUAAUGUACAAAUUUCUCCAGAUAAAACCAGUGUUGAAGAAUGGAUACUCUCCUCUUCACAUGGUGUGUGACGGUGCUACGUUGGUUGAUGACUUCCAUGUCAAUGAUGUUGUGUCGUUUCCUUGCGCAUCACUAGCUGUCGCUCUUGUCAAGUGUGGGGCAGACAUUAACUUCAGGGACACUCAUGGCAAUAUUCCUCUGCAUGUAAUUGUUCGCUACACAAAUCCUAUAAAUGGCUUUGACACACUGCAUCAAAUCAUUCUGUCUCUAAUCAUGGCAGGCUCUCACCUGGACAUCCGGAACUAUGAACGGAAGGUGCCAGUUCAGUGUUGUACGACAGGUGUGGCCGAAGUGAUUCUUCGUCAACAUUCGCACAUUUCCCUCAAGUGCAUUGCCGCACGCUGCAUUAGAGACAAUAACAUUCAGUACAGAUCUUUGUUACCAAUGUUUCUGGAAGAAUUUAUCCACCUCCAUUAAGUUUAGAUUUAGAUAAUAUUUAUUUUAAAGGUCCAUUCCUGAGUUUGAUGCGAUUUUUAACAUGUUAUCGACUAACAGAGACUUUUUAACGAUUGUAAUUACAUAUCAAAUAUAUUUUUUUGCAUAAAAUAUUGG